GCUCUCGAGCCUCGCGUCGCAGCCGUCGUGAGCCCCCACACCGGCGUGCGUCCUCUCUUCUCCCGAUAAAUACACAGGGGGCAAACAGCCCGGCUCUCUUCGCCUUUCCCUUCACACGUAGUAGUACACUCGCCAAGGGCAGAGGCGGCCGGACGAGGGGCGGCGGGGGCGCGGCAGAGCCGAGCGGAGCGGAGCGGUUCUUCUCCACGCCUGACGUCUCCCUCUUCCCCGCUCUCCGCAGCCUCGGCGGUCGGUGCUCCUCCCUUCUCCCGUUCAGGAGCCUUGUUUACUUCCUGUCAUGGGUAUGGAACAUUUCAUGAGUUCUGCAAACCCUUCAGCAGGUUUUGCAUUGUAUGGAAAUGAAGCAACAGAGGAAAUGAAAAGGUUACAAGGUCUAAGAGCAGAAACACUGAUGGAAACCUACCAAAGCACAGAAAGCAGAGAUGUAGCGAUCAGGUGUCCAAUACCAUGCAAAAGCAGCAGGCGGUAUAGGGAACAUGACUUGAGAGCUGCACAAGAUCUUUCUGAAUUCAUUCUGAGCAAGGCUUCACCUCCAUACUUUAUGGGAUCUCCACCAGUUCGUGCAAUUAAUCCUCUUGUUCAUGAUGCACAAUUCUGUGCGUGGAAAGUACACAAUGUAGAUCAGCCAUUAGGAAUUCCUAUACCAGCCAAGAGUUACGAUGCUCGCUACUGUGCAAGAAAAGGAUCUUUUACGAACGCUUGAAGCUACAUUUAUCACUCAUGACCAUUCAGCGAUGUCGUAGUUGUAUCUCUGCUUCUCUCAGUAAGGCUAACUUGUAUAUAUGAGUUGCUGCCCUUUUGAAGGUGUGAGGUGUCUUAUUAUAGUGUUUAGGGUAUCUCAUUGGCAGUGCUGUAAAUAUCUUUUUGCUUGGUAAUUUUUGUUACUGGAGCUAGUUUUGGUGAAUAAGUACUGGUAUAAACUUUGUUGUUGAGUAAUGAGGUAACCUGAAUGAAAAUGUUUGCCUUUCUUCA